AUGGUAUUUGGUCAUCGUAAUCCAGACACAGAUUCUAUUGUGACUGCAUUGGUUUUUGCUGACUUUCUACGUCGUAGUAAAGUCAAUGCUAAAGCUUAUCGUCUCAGCGAUCUCGAUAAUGAGACAAAAUUUGUACUUAAAACAGCCGGUAUCGAACAACCCGAUAUGUUACCCGAUAAUUUACCUGAUGAUACUGAAGUUGCUUUAGUAGAUCAUAAUGAAAUAGGAUCUACAGCAACAAUACUAACAAAAUUACAUAUUGAAAAUCAAUUGGAUAUCGAUCAAAAAACGGCAUUACUUCUCAUUAGUGCGAUUAUUAGUGAUACACUUCACUUUCGAUUACCUACUACAACAGAUGACGAUCGUUCAGUUGUUGAUUAUCUUUUACCCAUUGCUAACAUUGACAAUAUAGAAUCGUAUGUUAAUCAAAUGUUUGAAGCCAAUAGUGAUUUGAGUGAUCUUUCAAUACAACAAAUUCUUCUUCACGGCUAUAAAAUUUUUUUAUUCAAUGAUCAAUAUUGGGGUAUAAGUAUGUUGUACACAUUUUAUCCGAAUGAUAUAUUUAAACGUAAAGAAGAAUUACUCAAAGAAAUGUUCAAUGAAAAGAAGAAAAGCCAUUUGACCGGUAUUCUCUUUUCAGUUAUUGAUAUCAUUAAGGAACAAAAUUUCAUGAUUAUUCUUGGAGAACCAGAAAAUACUGUCGUACGACAAGCAUUCAAUGUUGAUUUUGAAGGACAAAUUGUUAAUUUAGGUUCAAGAAUAAGCCGAAAGAGAGAUAUUAUUCCUCCUCUCGAAGCAUAUUUCAAAAUAAAGCCUUGA